AUGACUCCCGCCAUCCCUCCUCCAAGCGAGUUCCUCUGGUGCGAGGACCACGCCGAGAUCGCCGCUUGGUUGGCCAGAAAUGACUUAGGCCUGGAGUUUUGUGGCUCUUUCAUCAACUACUGUGCGCGCACGAUGGACAAACUGAGGCGCACCAACAGCCGGCUGCUCAAGGAUUACCUGUUUCACCUCCGCAAGACGCUCACGACAAAGCCACUGACUGGUGCUGCUGUCCUUUACGAGAUGAAGUACUACCACAACCGCUUCUUCUACACUGGUACUGUCAAGUCAGGAGCCAUUCCGCUUGAGGCACUUUUGAAAAAGCCGGAGCACAUUCAUGCCGCUCACAACCACCUCCACAACAAGGUGUUCCCUCGCCGUGCACUCACCUCCUCCUCCACUCCUACCCACCCCCCUGCCAACUAUGGCGACACCCUCGCUGUCGUCAAUGGUACUUCUGCAAGCUCGCCCGCCUCGGCCACCCUUCCCGCUCCCAGCUCGGUUCAGCAGCCCGGCCUUCAGGGUCAACUGUCUCUCCCGGACAGCCCCCUCCUCAACACCCUGCCGAUCCGCAAGCAGCCUCUCGCCGUCGCUUCUCUGGAGGCUUCGUUACCCGCUCUGUCUGCCCCUGGCCCUGCUCCUGCUUUCAGGCAGCAGGCUCUUGAGCAUGGCACUCUCUUGCUUCUUGGUGGUCAGAAGGAGGGGGUUCCUAACGAGGUGCAGGAUGAGGAGGAUGGGGGCGUGAAGCUAACGCUGCAAGUGUCGGGCACUGCACCCUUUCCCUUCUGA